AUGGACUUAGCUUCAAAUGGAGCUUAUUUGACAGUGAAAGAAUGUUUCUGGAAAAAGGUGUCUAAGAUGGUGCCUGACAAAUCUGCUCAAGAAUGUUUUGAUAGAGUGAACUCUGAUCUCAUCACUCCUCUUCAACCUCAGCCUCGAUCAAGAGCCAGGAAGAAGACAAACUUAUCACCAUUUCUGCAUUUUUCGCCCUCUGCAAGCAAACUACUUCUGAAACCUAACUCAACAGAGGUUAAGAAACGACAGACAAGAAGAAACAAUCUCUCAAAGAAAGCGAUCAGACAUUUACUUGAGAAGGAAAUUCAUAUGGAACAAGGUCUUGGACUUGGUAAAGAACAAGGCAUUACAUGA